AUGGGGUAUCAGCCUCCACUCUUCCCAGAACAAGAGCAGGAGUACCCUCGGCCCAGGUGUUUGUCCGCCGCUGUCGACGUACCUGGAGAAGAGUUAUUCUCAAGACCAUCUCCAGGUAUCGUCGACAAGCGGACCGUCGCCGGACCCCAGCUCCCCGCUACCACAUUGGGCAGAGGUCUCCAGGCCUAUCCCUCACCCCCGGGUUAUUGGUGGCCAGCCAGCGUAUACGCCCCCGCCAGCGUCGCGCCCGCGCGCCCGCCCACAGCCCGCGGCGCCUCGCCACAGGCUCGCUGCGGCCCCCCCACCCCCCCACAGCCCGCGCGCCCCCACAGCCUCGCCACAGGCCGCGCGCCCCACCGCGCCCCGCGCGCCCCCCACAAGCCCGCGCGCCCGCCCAUCCCGCGCGCCCCCAACAGCGCCGCGCGCCCCCCACAGCCCGCCACCAGGCCGCGCGCCACCCACAGCCCGGCCGCCCCCUCAAAGCCCCCGCGCCCGCCCACAGGCCGCCACCAAUCCGCGCGCCCCACACAUCCCGCGCGCCCCUCCACAGCCCGCGCCCCCACAAGGCCGCGCGCCCGCCAGAGCCCCCCACAGGCCGCGCGCCCCCCCACAGCCCCCCCACCAGCCGCGCGCCCCCACAGCCCGCGCGCCCCCCACAGCCCGCGCGCCCGCCACAGGCCCCACAUGGCCGCGCGCCCCACAGGCCCGGCGCGCCCCCACAGCCCGCGCCCCCCCUCCACAGGCGCCACAUGCCGCGCGCCCCCCACCAGCCCGCGCGCCCCCCCACAGCGCGUCGCCCCCCACAGCCCCGCGGCCCUCCACAGCCCGGGGCCCCCACAGGCCGCGGCGCCCCCACAGGCGCGCGCCCGCCAAAGCCGCCACAGCCAGGCCGCCCCCCACAUGCCCGCGCGCCCCACCACAGCCCGCGGCGCCCCCCACAGGCCCGCGCCCCCCACAGUCCGGGCGCCCGCCAAAGGCCGCCACAGCCCGCGCGGCCCCAACAGGCCGCGCGCCCCCACAGGCCGCGCGCCCCCCCACAGGCCGCGCGCGCGGCCACAGCCCGCGCGCCCCCCACAGGCCGCGCGCCCCCCAAGCAGCUCGCCCCCACAGCCCGGCCACAGGCCGCGCGCCCCCACAGCCCCGCGCCCCCACAGCACGCGCGACCGCCCAGGCGCCACAAGGCCGCGCGCCCCCCACAGCCCGCGCGCCCCCACAGCCGCGCGCCCCACACCCAGGCCGCGUGCCCGCAGAGCCCCCCACAGGCCGUCGCGCCCCCCCCCCCCCCCCCCCAAACCCAGCCCCCCACAGCCCGCGCGGCCCCCACAGCCCGCGCGCCCCCCAAAGGCCCGCGCGCCGCACGGACGAACAGGCGCGCGCCCCCCCACAGCCCGCGCGCCCCCACAGCCCUCAGCCCCCCGCCACAGGCCGCCACAGUCGCUCGCCCCCCACAGCCCGCGCCCCCCAAGGCGCCGAACCCCACAGCCCGCGCGCCCGCCACAGUCCGGGCUCCCCCCACAGGCUGCGCUCCCCCCACAUGCCUCUCGCCGUCCACAGUCCCGCCACAGCCCUGCGCGCCCCCCACACCCUCUCUCCACCCACAGCCCUCUCUCCCCCCACAGCCGCGCGCCUCCCCCACAGGCCGCGCGCCCGCCCACAAGCCGCCACAGCCCGCGCGGCCCCCACAUGGCGCGCGCCCCCCACCAGGCUGCUCGCGCCCCCCCACAGGCCCGCGCCCCCCACAUGGCCGCGCGCGCGCCACGCCCGCGCGCCCCCCACAGGCCGCGCCCCCCACAAGCCGCCGGCCCCCACAGGCCGAGCCACAUCACAGGCCGCGCGCCCCCCACAGGCCGCGCGCCCCCCACAGCCCGCGCGCCCCCGACCAGGCCCCGCGCGCCCCCCCAUACAGCCCGCGCGCGCGCCACAGCCGCGCGCCCCCACAGGCCGCGCGCCCCCCACAGGCCUGCGCGCCCCCACAGCCCGCGCGCCCCCACAGGCGGCGCCGCACAGGCCCGCGCGCCCCCACACAGGCCGGGCGCUCACCCACCGCCCGCGCUGCCCCCCACAGGCCGCGCGCCCCCACAGCCCUCGCUGCCCCCCACAGCCGCGCGCCCCCACAAGGCCGCGCGCCCCCCACAGGCGACCACAAGCAAGCGCCACACAGGCCGCCAAGCCCGCGUCGCCCCCACAGCCCGCGCGCCCCCCACAGGCCGCGUCCCCCCCCACAUCCGGCGAGCCGCGACAGCGGGGCUCCCCGCCACAGGCACGGCGCUCCGCACCAGCCUCCCACAAGGCCGCUCGCCCCAACCACUCACCUCUCUCCCCCGCAGCCUAUCUCCCCCACAUCCCUAG